ACUGUUAUUCUUAUAAAGAAAUGUUUGGAAAGAAAGCAUUCAAGCUUAUAUCAGAACUAGAUUUAUCUAUGGAUCUUCUACCAUUUAAUGAAAUACUAGUAAAAGAAGUUCUUGACGAAAUGAACUCUCUCUAUAAAGAAAAUUUGUAUGAUAGUAAUGCCAUUCGAAAUGAUGACAAUAUGACUUUAUUGCCAUCUGUACAACUUAGACACAUAGCAUUGACCAGAAACAAAAGGUGUCUUUUAGCAUAUGUAUAUAACAGAAUGAGAAAAAUAAGGGACCUACGUUGGGAAUUAGGAAGCAUUCUGCCACCAGAAAUAAACUCUAAUCUAUUAAAUGCUGAAGUCCAGUGGUUUCAAGCAUAUAACAAAUCUUUAGCUACAUACAUGAGAUCACUAGGAGAAGACUAUGGAUUUAACAUAACAGCAAAUAUGUUGCCUCCAAAGACUCCUUAUGUAGAGGUAAAAUGUGUGACAGAUUUUGGAAAGUUGGAACUUGAGGAUGGUCAAGUUAUUUUACUAAAGAAAAAUACAUAUCAUUUAUUACCCAGAGCUGUAUGUGAACCACUUAUACGGCAAGAAUUCUAUUAUUUAAAAAUUUCUUCUCUUUCAUCCUGGGGCGACACAGGUGUGUGCUGAUUUUAACACGGUUUUUGAUCAUUACACUUUCGAAGAAGUCUCCGAUUGAAGGUAAGCAUUCGCUUAAAAAGAUAAAUUUAAAUCAAGUGGAAAAGAUUCUUCAAUUAUAUCCUGCCAUUUAAACUUGCGAUAUAAGUGUAAAAACAUUCAAAGUUGUAUUAGGACUAUAGUAAGGUAACCAUAAGUGGAACAAUCCUGUAUUUUAAUCCAUCUUCCCGCUUUGUCUUUGAGUCAUCGUACUUUCCCAACUCUUGUACAGUUAAGGUAUCAUCGAUAUGACCAAUUUUCUUAGAAAAAGUAAUUAAAUGAUAUUUUGUCGAUUCGGUAGAUCAGUGGGUCGUAAGCAUUUCUUCUAAAGGAAGACAAAAAUCGAAGCACGUGUAACGAAGAUACGACGUGUUAAAGUUCACUGAAAGGUAUAACAAUGAACUCAUUGAUAAUGUUCGGGUAUAUCUAUCGGUGAACUGGUUUUCGUGAACGAUACAGAGAUAAUAUCAUUUUCUGACCUUAUCGCAAUCAGGUUUUUCCCCAGAUAUCAUCUCACUAGCUGUGUUCUGACCGAAAAAAUGUAUGUCCAUGAUUUUGCAAUCAAGUACAGGAACAUUUUUUAUCAACUCUAGAAUUCUUUUCCUUUUGAUAACUACUUUGCGAAGAAUCUCUCACUAUCGUGUGUUAUUCGUCACGAACGACUGACGAAAAAGUUAAUUACAUCAUUGAUGAACGCUUACAUAAUUCGUUUAUUAUCGAUCGCAGGAUCAAGAUCAUUAUUUUAUAGGCAGCUCUGUUUUCCGAUCGCUUGCCAAUAACUUCAUUGACUAAUCGUACAAUUUAUGAUUAGCGAAACUAUUAAAUUAUAGCGAAACAACAACAGAUAUUUUAAUUUGUUGUAUUCGACAGGUGUUUCUUAUAAAUCCUGCCAUUGAUGAAUUUAGCGUAUCUUAUGAAAUUAUUUUAUUUUCCGAAUUGAAAGUUGAACUUUCCUUGUAGCUUUUUAUAACAAUUUUCGUAGGAGGAAAGUCUGCUUUAUUUCACUCCAGAUCCGUUUCAUAAUAAAUUGCAGAAUGUCUCGUAAAUUUAACGCAUGAUGGAUGUCCUCUUUUUAACGUAUGUAAAUUCGUAGGAAAUACCUGUUGGCAUUAUUAAAAUUUCUCGGAUAGUGUUAUCAUUGUACCAGCCGUUUGUGUAACAAACGAUAACAGGUAUAUGUCCUUUGUUUUACGACUGAUGUCAGUAAUCAUUGGGGAAACCCGCGUUUAAACGACCAUGAAUAGGGCGGAGAAUUCUAUGUUGCUUUUGAAAACGUUCGUUCAUCUUCUCGGUAUAUUGUCAUGCGGUAAUAACCGUGGAGAUUACUCGUAAAUAUCGGUAGACUUUCCAAAUCGGAAAUGUCCGUGGAAUUUCCGGUGAGUUAACGCCGUGAUGGAUUAGCGAUUCAAAAAGAAAGUAGAACAGUGAAAUUUACUCAUCUUCGUGUAGAAACUGUACGUUCGAAAGGAUCAUUUAUUAUAAUUGCUUUUCAAUUGUCUGACAAUCAUCAUGUGAAAGAGAAUGAGAUAAAAUGAAAAAACGAUAGAUAAACUGCGAGCAGGCAAACAGUUGCAUGAAUAAUGAUACUGUGUAAAGAAGGUAUUUUCGAUAGGAAUAGAUAAGAAACAUUUUAAGACACGAUUCUGGUAUUCUGGUUCGGAAAAAGAACAUGCAUCAACGAUAGAAAUGAAAAUAUUCUCAUGAUACUGAUUGUAGCCAGAAUUGAAAGAUCAAGCAGGAAGUUCAGGUUCAAAUGGCCAAUGACGAAAAUGGUAUUUCGUCGGAAUACAUCCGUGCACAUUGUAAACAUUCUUGACAGUUAAAUAAAUACGAGUAAUGUUUACGGGGUUUCCGAUCCGGCUUUCUUUUUCUAAACUGGUUAUCUAAAGAAUGCCAAGUUAAAUCGAGUACACAGUGUAUACGUGCAGCUGG